UCUGGCUAAAACUUUCUCCCAUAAUAAACCGUAAUUCAAUCUCCUUGAGCACCGAAUUUUCAUCUCCUUUCAGUAUUAACUAUCAAUCACAUGAGAUGUCGUAAAUCUCCGAGGACUUGACUAGUCCCAUGAGCCAUGGAAUCUGAAUAUGUGAGUGGUAGCAAUGAUGUAAAUAAAAACUCUAAGGUUAAGCAUGAAGAUGGCAAACCACUUCUGGAAGCAAAUGCUUCAGGCUUUUCUUCUUCUGUAUCUUCUUCAUCUAGUUCUUCUCUGGAAUUAAAUACUGGUGAAAGGGAUCAUCUUGAUUACUCUGCCAAAAUGGGAGAAGAUGGAACUCUGUCAUCUGAACCAGAACCCUUAUCAUCACCAGAUGUUUCUGGUCAGACACCUAACUGGAGCAUGAUAAGUGCCUCUCCACGUGCUGAAGCUGGGUUUCUAUCAUCACCAGGAACAUCCUACCAGACUCCAGAAUGGAACACCAACGGUACAUUCCAAAUGCAAUCUCCUCCAGUCCAAACAAUGGGGCGUCCUGCAGGUUAUGAUCCAAAUCGUAUUCCGUCAUCUAUUUUUUCUCCUAAACCUACAUCAGCUAUGGAAUGGAGUGUUACUUCCAAUGAAUCAUUGUUUAGCAUUCAUAUGGGGAACAACAGCUUCUCUAGAGAUCAAGCAAUUCUUCUGGGCAAGUCUGGAGAAGUCCCCAGGACAGAAGAGUGGAACAAUUCACCAUCAAAUCUUCAAUAUUUUCCCGAAGCCAGAUCUAAUGAGUUGAACAGCUUCCCUUCCGUCCUUCCUCCAGUUAUUGAAGUACCCGGACAUGAUGAAAAUAGUUUAAAAUUGGGUAAGGCAUCUAGUGUCAUAAAAGAAGAUCACAGUAAUAGCCUGAAGAUGGCCACAGUGGAAAUGGUAGAGAAUCACGAAAAGGAAAAUAUAGCUCCUGUUGAGGAAAUCCAUCCUCCUGUUACUGCCACUAAUGCAGGAGAUGGUAAAGGUACGCCUCCUUCUGAGGCUACUCUUACUUCAUCAGGUGUCCCUCUCACUUUGCCAAGUCUCCCUCGCCUUUCUAAUGAAAGUGGAAACAGCGGCCAUUCUUUUGCAUUCCCAGUAUUCGUCAAUGAUCGUGAAAAAACUGACUCACCCAGGGUGGUUAGUGCGAAACCGCAGUUGGAGUCGCAAGUUUCUGAGGCAAAUCCUAAAGCCUCCGGGACAAGAUGGUUUUCGUCCUUCCUCUGUUGGCCACGCUGUUGUUAAAAGAUAUUACUUACGGAUCAAUUAUAUUUGGUUGCUUACGGCCUUCUUAAGGUGACCAUUCAUUUAAGCUACUUGCUUAUUUGUCUGUUGACCAAAUAGCUCACCAGAAUAGAUUUUUGCUUUGAAGGAACAGUUCAUUGUUUGCAUAUCAUGGUUCUUGUACAAAAGAGAGAUCGAGUCCUGAAGCGUACAAUUCUGUCCAUUUGUUUUGUGUCCCCAAAGAGUUGUAAAUUUGUCCUUGGUACAGCUGCUUCACGAAGAGCAGUCAGUUUCAGAUGUUCUAACAAGGAGGCGGCAGCCGGCAAUGAUAAUAAACUCUCAUUCCGGGAAUAGAAGCUCACUGCAUGCAAUGUUCUAUCUGGUACGAGUAAGACAUGACAUAAUUGAAUUUCUCAUUGAGUUAUGUGAAUACGAGAUUGCUUAUUUUCUAUACGAAUUCAUUUUAUGUAUGUGAUAAAGAUUUGUUGGGUUGGUACAACUCUUACGCUGAGUGUUUGAUCGCCAUUUGAAUUGGUUGAUUGAGGGCUUUGAUGUG